GAGAACGUCCAUUGUCUAAAUCACACAGAGAUAUUACGGAUUUUUAUACUUUAAUUCAUUAUAUUUUAACUAUUUUGGCAAGUAUUCACUCACAUGCUUCGGUUUUGACAUCUCUUCUUGUCAGUCUUAAUCUUUUUAUUUUCUUUUUCUUUCCUACGUGACAAAUAAUUUAACGGGCUCCAUUUAAAUAUUAAUCAGGAAAUAUUAUCUCGACUCGUCAGCAUGUCCUGAUUCUAUGUGGAAUCGAUUUUCAACAUUGUAUUGUUAUCCUUUUAGUCUUUUUUUUUCCUUCAAUCCUCUCGCAGUCUAAGAAUCGACGAUGCAGCUCUCGACGAAACUGGGAAUAGGCGGUGGCGCUCUCUUUGUCAUGAGUAUCGUCGUCGGCUGGAUUGCUUUUCCGAUUAUGCUUAAGUCACAAGUCAAAGGGGCAAUAGCCUUGAAGGAAGGCUCUGAUAUGCGAGCAUUGUGGGCAAAGUUUCCACUGCCACUCGAUUUUAAAGUCUACCUCUUUAAUAUAACAAAUCCUGCCGGGAUCGAGAGCGGCGAGAAGCCUAUUGUGAGAGAAAUUGGUCCGUACUUUUACGACGAGUAUAAGGAGAAGCUUAAUUUAGAGGAUCGAGAAUCAGACGAUACUGUCGAGUACAGUCAGAGAGCUACCUGGUUUUUCAAUCCGUCCAAGAGUAAUGGUCUGACCGGCGAUGAGGAACUGGUCUAUCCUCACGUCCUGAUACUGGGAAUGGCCAUGACUGCUGCCAGAGACAAGCCAGGAAUGAUGGGUCUGCUUGGGAAGGCUGUGGACAGCAUUUUCAAGAAGCCGGAUUCAAUAUUUAUAAAGGUUAAGGCAAGAGAUAUACUUUUUGACGGUUUACCAAUUGAUUGUACGGUAAAGGACUUUGCCGGUACUGCAGUCUGUAAAUUAUUAAAGGAGCAAGGAAACGACUUACAAGUCGAUGGUGAUAAUCGCUAUAGAUUCUCUCUCUUCGGUCACAAAAAUGGUACCGUGGCCCGGGAGAGGAUGAGAGUGUUUCGAGGUAUUAAAAGUGCAAUGGACGUUGGUCGUGUCGUGGAAUGGAACAACGAGCCGGCUCUUACGGUUUGGCCAGAGGAUCGUUGCAACGAGUACAAUGGUACAGAUUCCACCAUAUUCCAUCCGUUUUUUAAAAAGGAAGACGACGUGGUCUCCUUUGCUCCGGAUUUAUGUCGCAGCAUCGGUGCUAGAUACGAGAGACCUAGCCAUUAUAAAGGUCUAUCUACCAAUCGUUACACCGCUAACCUCGGCGACAUGAGCACAGAUCCUCAUUUGCAGUGCUUCUGUCCGACUCCCGAAACGUGCCUCAAGAAAGGACUUUUUGAUCUAACAAAGUGCGUUAAUGCACCAAUCAUUGCCAGUCUACCUCAUUUUUAUCUGACUGAUGAAUCCUACCUGGAAACUGUUCAGGGACUCCAGCCUGUGCAGGAGGAUCAUGAAAUAUUCAUAGACUUUGAGCCAUUGACUGGGUCGCCAGUGUCGGCGAGAAAACGUUUACAGUUCAACAUGUUUGUCUAUCCUGUGGAGAAAUUCAGAUUGAUGAAAACAUUUGCGUCGGCGCUGUUACCAUUGUUUUGGGUGGAGGAAGGGAUUGCACUGAAUGAUGAUUUUGUCAAGCAGUUGAAGGCUGCUUUCAAAAUGAUAUCACUCGUUGGAUAUAUCAAAUGGUCCAUGAUGUCCCUGGGUCUUGGUCUUGCUGGUGCCGCUGGUGGUCUUUAUUUUAAGCGUCGACAGACUGACAAUAAGUUGACAAUUAAUACCAUAACGCCGCAGAUGGCAAGUACGAAGAACAGUGGUGAGGAAAAGAAAUGGCCGCUUAAUAUAAAUACCCUACAGGCCGCGACUGUACCAGCCAGUCUUGACAGAAACUAGAUUUCUAAGACUAGUAAGUCUAGCCUAAUUAAAGUUCUAAUACGUUCUAAGGCUCUAGAGUAUUUUUUACCGUGGACUCAGGUUGUACAUAGGCGUAGGAAAGGAGGUAAGAGAACAAACAACUUUCACUGGUAACCAUAUAUACAUAUAACGGAUAAGAUUUAAAUUAAAAUCGUUGUUGAGCUAUUUUCUUUGAGUCACCCUACAGAGGAAGCUUGUUACGGUCAUUAUUAGUGAUAAAUAUAUUAUAUUUGUAUCUGUUUAUGUCUCUCUGUGCUAUUAUUAUACAUAUAUUAAGUUUAUGGCGAUACUACAGUAACGGUAAUCAAUAAAAAUGUCUAUAUUCCGGUA